UUCGUCAUGUUAAUGCAUCUAUCGGCAUAAGAAGGGAAGAUUUCCUGAGGAAGCAAACGGAAAUGAUGUUCCUGGACCUUCCUAUAUGGGAUUAUAGGAUGCGAGCAACUUUGACUCAAAUGACUACACUUCUCAAUGGAAUGUGUCGAAGUGUGGCCAAAAACAAAGAGUUUCUGGAUUGGAUGAAUGCUCAAAAGUUUGAUCUUGCCUUCGCCUAUAUGGCGGAUGCAUGUCCAGUUGGUAUAAUUCAUUAUGCAAAAAUACCUACAUGGAUCUGGUUGAGCAGUGCCGGCUUGGUAGAUUUUGCUGCAUAUUACAUGGGAGUGCCGAUGGUUCCAAGUUACAGUCCACCAAUAACGAUGGAGAGCACCGACGAGAUGAACUUUUUUGAGAGGACGAAAAGCCUCUUAGGUCAAAUCUUGCUAGUCACCAUAUGGAAAAGGACAUUCGCUGAUCAGGAGACUGCUAUUUUCCGCGAGAUCGAUCCGAACUUCCCUCAUAUAGUGGAACUGGCCCAGAAAUGUCCUUUGGUGAUGGUGAAUUCUAACGAGUUGUACGAGUUCCCUCGCCCAACAUUGGCAAAGAUCGUCAACGUCGGAGGUGUUGGGAUCCAGCUCAAGGACGCCAAGCCUCUAAAUCCUGAAUUCCAGCGAAUUGUGGAUAAAUGUGAAGGACUAGUAGUGUUUUCAUUUGGAUCAGUCGCUCCUAGUCACCUAAUGCCAGACUCAUGGAAAACGGCUUUUCUAGAAGCGUUUGCACGAUUCCCAAGUUUGAACUUCGUGCUCAGAUACGAAGGGGAAGACUUGAAAGGAGUCAUAAACACCGGAGUUCCGAUGAUAACCGUUGCUUUGUGGGGGGAUCAGCCAAGGAAUGCGAAAAUGGCAGCAAAGCUUGGAAUUGCUGUUAAUCUUCAGAAGAACGAUAUAAGUACAACUACUGUAACAGAAGCCCUGAACAAGGUCAUCAACGGGAAAAGGAAAGGAACCCAAUAUUUCCCUGAUUUUAGUUAUUCGCAAAACGUCAAGCGAUUAUCGUUGAUGGUUAAGAAGAAACCAGUGAGCCCGAAUCAUCUCGUGGUUGCAUGGGCGGAAUUUGUCGCCGAAUUCAAGACACUGGAUAAUCUCGUUCCGGCUGGCACGAAACUCAACUUCAUUCAGUACCAUUCGCUGGAUGUGAUAGGAUUUUUGUUAGCAGUAACCAUUUUAGUGCUUUUCGUUUUUUGGAAGAUUUUAAGGUUUCUGUUCUCAGAACUGUACAAUCUCUCUCUCAAAAUUAGAAAGCAGAAGCAAACCAUGGUGGCCCCAAGCAUGCAGGAAUGGGCAACAAGCCAGAUUUCUAUAACAUUGCAGAGACCUACUGUUCCAAGACAUGUGGUAUAUGCACGCAGUGGUGACUGCUCGACAGAACUAAUCAAAUAUAAACGAUUUUCGAAGCCCAAUGUUUCUCUUUUUGGUUUUGAGUCACACAGCUCCGAGUCACCAAAGGGUAGAUAA